GGAAGUACUUAGCUGUGACCCUCAAUGUUCACAGUUUGACAAUUGCACCAAAGACAUUAGAAAGGGGGAGCACGUUUGGAUGCAAAAAUGCUCGCUCUUCGAAACUGCCGGACAGUUCUACUAAAUCUUUCGCAAACGGGAGUUAAACGUCAAAUUGCAGAGCAAGCCUCCCGAAGUGUAUCUGUUGCUCCCGAUGAAGCCCAUACAGACAUGCCCAUCAAAAUGGAAAACCCAUUCAAGGAGCCCCAAAAAGGAUGCAUUCUGUGCAGCAACAACAUAAAAGUAGAUUACAAAAACAUUCAGUUGCUCUCCCAGUUCGUAUCACCACACACAGGGCGAAUUUAUGGCAGACACAUAACAGCACUGUGUGGGAAGAGACAGAAGGAAAUCUCCAAAGCCAUAAAGAGAGCACAUUCAAUGGGUUUCAUGUCAGUGACGUUAAAAGACCCCCAAUUUAUGAAGGACCCCAACAUCUGUGACGUCAAACAUCUAGAGUAACAUCUUCCAUUUCUGAAGCUUCUGAAUGGACAAACACUGUGUGCGGAUUGAAUAAACAUUGUAUUCAAAUUAUGACCAUAAUACCCUUCCUGUUUUUGUUUCUGCUCAGCCUGUGAAGGCACUGUUUUGCUUAAUUAUCUUUUCAAAAUUCCCAGUUAUUGAAAUUUACAUUAAAUUUCUGUCCUGAAUAUGUCUAUAUGCUGUUAUUUAUUAUUCAACAGUUAAACAUACAGUUACUUUCAACAAAAGCUGGACAUUGGAUUGAAUUUUAUUUCCCAAAUUAAAAAGAACUCAAGCAAAAUGACAGAGAAGUGGAUUUCAGUACUGUAAUGGAUAUUAAACCAAACAUUGAAAGAUGAAUAGGUUUUCUGGGACCUGCGUAAUUAAUUUUCAGCUCAACGUCCUCAGUAGAUACAGUCAGAUCUAUUGUUUACCCCCCAUACUGUCAAUAUUGAUGUAAAGCUUAAUUAUCACAAAUUAUUAAAAUGUUGUUUGUGUUAUAUCUGAA